AUGAAGCGCAAAUCAGCACACGAGAGUACCACGCCACAAAAGCAGCCUAGACAAGACCCAGUGUCUUGCGAGUCGUGUCGAAAGAAAAAGACGAAAUGCGACCGACAGGUUCCCUGUGGCAGUUGUAAAUCUCGACGAAUUGAUUGCACAUACGGCGGUAAUGGCCCAGUGGCUCCUAGCCCCGUUGCAACACCCGUCGAUCAGGUGGGUGAUGUACCGUGCAAUAGCGUGACGUCCUCUCAACCGAUACAGGCGACAGAGGCCUCUCGCGAGAGUGUUCAGACUCGCAGCACAGAGGAUCCACUCAUGACGGCAGACCGGCUUGAGAAUAUCCUCAUGGGUCACCGGAUCCCGAGUGCUGUUCCAUCAGCUCUCCGAGAAGAGCUGUCCAGACCUCAGCCCAUGCAAGCAACCCGCUCCCGACCACACAAGGGGACUGCCAUCAGCAGCUUUCUGACUAUGAUUCGUGAUGGUGGCUAUGUGUCUUCUGAACAUCCAGCCACCGUUCAUCUGGCGUCAUUUCUGCCGCCAGAGGAUGAUGCGUUAAGCCUUUUCAACUAUUACCUUAGUCACCUCGACUACCAGUAUCAUAUUGUUGUUCCCGCCAGAACGGAGCAAAAUAUCCGCUAUUUGUACCGUGCACUUGCCCGCGGCUGGUCGGAGGACUUGAAUAGUAUCGCUCUCCUUUUCAGCAUUCUUGCAACUGCUUUGUUUUAUCAGCUGCUAUCCACUGAGUCUUCAGAAGUUGCCGAGAACUGUAGUCGCGAGAUGGCGUUUCUCGCUGGCGCGGCCUUGGUUCAGAGCAACUACGUUGCCUAUCCAACGAUAGAGGGAUUGCAGGCAGCCAUGAUCAUCGGACAUCACUUGUCAAGCCUAACCCUGAACUCAUGUGUGAGCUCGUUGUUUUUGCAUGGUGGGCUUGUGAGUCAGGCUAAAAGUCUCGGUCUCCAUCUACUCGAUUCCCCUCGAGUUGUAGCUGAGCGUCAAGAAAAGGGAAUUGACAAGGCUGAGACUGAGUUGAAACGCCGGCUGUGGUGGGAUCUAGCGUCUUAUGACUGGUAUAAACCCUCCUUAUUCUAUCACCGGAUGCCAUUUUGCUCACAAUCUCGUCCCAGGUUAAUCGGUUUCCUGAGUGGCCCCCAAGAAUGGACGUACACAAUCCACCCUCAACACAUGAAUGUGCGCCGACCGUUGAAUAGAGAAGAUGAUAUAAUCGGAAUCGAGACUGGGCUGCCAUUGAUUAUGCCAACGUGCAUGUCAUAUACCCUACAGCGCCUGAAAUUGGCCGAAGUAUGCCGGGAGAUUGUCGAUGCAGCGGCACCUUACCACCUUCAAGGCAAAGAGCUUCCUUACGAGACUGUACUUGAUUUGGAUCGCAAGCUGCAACAGGCAUACUCAGAAAUUCCAGCAUUCUUCCGCUUUGACCAAUCAUCACGCCGUCAGUUUGCGACUCUUUAUCUCCAGCGACGGGAAAUAGCGUGGCAGCGAGCCUUUAUCCAACAGGGCUACCAUUCACGUCUUUGUCGGCUACAUCGUCAAUACUUUAUUCGUGGUGCAAGAGACCCAAGAUACUCCUACUCGCAUGUUGUGUCUCUUCAGUCUGCCCGGAAGGUCUUGGAAGUUAAGCGCAUUAUGGACGAGGAAGAACCUCUUUUCACAGUUAACAGCUCUUUUUUCUGGGCAGUCAUGCAUCAUGUUUUCAUGGCAGCAGUUAUCUUAUUGAUUGAUGUUUGUUUCAACUGGGACGAUAUUCUCGCAUCUAAGAGGAAGGAGGAGGUUCUUGAUGCUUGCCGACUGCUAAGCCGCGCUCAGCAAUGCUCGUCGGUUGCUCGAGAAGGAAUCAACGCGAUGAUGGGCAUUCUUCGCAAGCAUUGGAAACAAGAGAGGAGACCAAUCACAUCCAGUGGGACACAAGCCCGACAACCAUCCUCACCUGGCUUCGAUGCCUCUGCCUUGCACGAUCAGAGUGAUAUACAAACCGCCGGGCAUGUUGAAGACUCUAAAACUGUCCGCUUUGAUGAUCCUGAGCAGAAGCAUGACCAGUCCAUUGACCCAGUUAAUUCCGAACUUGGGCAGAUUCCCUUGGAAGAUUUGUGGAGUCAGAUGCUUGACGAAAGUGCUCAUGUUGCAUUGAACACCCCAGAUUGGAUGGAUCUGUUGACGGAACUGACUAACGCUACUGUCCCUGGAAGCGAAUGA